AUGGUGGCGGGGCAGGGUCAGACAAUGACUUCCACGAGUCCUCUGUGGCGGCCUGUGGCCGCAGGUAGACCUCGCUGGCCUGACCAGCAGGACGCGGCUUUGAGACGGGGGGGGAAGGGAGGGAACGUGUGCUGUUUCCUGUAUGCAGGCUGCUAACUACAACGGCAGUCAAAGGAUUUGGAGGUUUGUGUUUUUGUUGUUCCCUUUCCUUUCACCGAUCGAUUGUGGUGAUUUUGUUUCAGUUUCGCUCGACUGUCUGUUGCGAAAGAGUAAAAAAAAAAAAAACGCCGGAUACGGUUGUGUAUCGGCGCUCGUGGGUUCUACUUUUGUGGUGCCUUGAUGUCCUUGGUCCCCCCUCCCCUUCGUAUUCGCGUAUUCGCGUGGGUGAUUUUUCCAGGGGAUUGGUGAGGUAUUGCUUUCUCGUUUGUUUCUUGCCCCGUCGUGGCACAAGCGUGGGUAUUGUAGCGUGUGUGCUUCCGUUUGGGUGCGUGUUGCAGUUGAAAUGUUUUAUGAGUACAUCCCUUUUUGUCGUGCCGUCAUACGUCCAUCAUGAGUGUGUUGGCUGCCCGAGGUGUACAUAUUAUAUCCCUGCUUGUUGGUGAAGUUGUCGUCUCCUUAGACGAGGCUGUACGUUGGAGGGUGGUUGGGUCGUGAAGUCGACAAGUCACUGGGCGUCACUUCUCGAGUUUUGUUGUUCAUUUUUUCAAUUACAUCAGUCCUUUUCAGUACACACUUCCGGGUGGAUUUUGCAGUGCUUUCUUACUUGGCUGUGAUCCGCACUUCAGCAAGCCAGUGGGCGUCACUUCUCGACUUUUGUUGUCGAUUUUUUCAAUUACUUCAGUCCUUUCCAGAACAUUUACAGGUGUUUUUUUUAGAGUUUACGUACUUGGCUGUGAUCCGCGUGUCGUUUUAUAGGUCGUUCGAUGUGAGCCUCUGCUUGCGCCAUCCCCUAAGGAGCGGUAAACUGUUUUUUUUCGGGAUGAUGCUUGCCGUGCCGUGCUGGUGUGUGUGUAUUCUGUCCGAUUUGGACAACGUGCGAUGUCUGGGUGGCGAUACAAGUGUUUUUUAUGUGUGUACUUGGAGCCACAAUCAUUUUCGUAACACUCUCGAGUCAAAACGGAACAGAAUGUAGACGAUUGGGGACCCCUGGCGCUUGUGUCGGUGUGGAAGGAUGUAUCCUUUCGAGGUAGAUAGUAGCUUUGCCUUUCUUUCCCUUCGUUGGGUCGUUCGCGCUCGAUUCGAUUUGUCAUAGCGAUGUUGAUGUUGCCCGAUGCGCGCCUAGGCAUUUGGGAUACAGUUGUAGCCUUACGGGCGCGUGUUCGCCGAGCGGCGCGGAAGGGACGUUGUAUUUUUGUGUUCGUGUUCUGAGAGGCGGUUUGCGUUUCGAGACGGAAACAGCCGACCAGACGCGCUCGCGCCAUAUCCAUGUCGAGGAUGGGAGUCACGGGUCCCAAACAUCAUACAAUAUACUCCAAAGGGCUAGACUACACCUACCUGUAAGAUUGUUGCGCCGCCCACCAAGUGGCGUGUAGCACCCAAGCUGCGUGGCGCGGUAGACCCCACUUUCGGCCACCAAGGGAGACCGGUCGUGUUGUUGUCCCCAUCCUUGCCUUUGCUGUGGCGUACGGUUGUGUUCGUUGCUCGAGGUUCUUAUUAUGUGUACCUUUCUUUGUUUGCAACAUCGUAACCUUUUCAUAUGCGGGUGAUGAAUCAAUUGGAGACGGUAUCGGCCUGAGAAACCACAUGGCGUACCAUGGCGGAGUGUGAUGUGUUGGUGGUGAUGUUUUGCAGACGAAGAUCCUUUCGCAACGGACGGAAUCCCCUCCUGUUCUGCCUGUAGGACUUGUUUCGUGUGCUUCCGGACGUGCCAGGUUUGGGAUAUUCAUUCGGUCUUGGGAUGCCGGGUAGCAAGCGUCGUUGUUCAUUCAUUUUGUAUGGAGAGAGUCAAAACGCGCCGUCUGUCACCUUAUGUUUGU